CACACCAGCCGGGCCUGUUUGCUUAUUGACUAACGACAGCCCCGCUUUCUCGGUGACAGAGGACUUGUCACGUGACGGUGCUGUCCUCUCGCCCACGGCAGAGCUGGGGUCCUCCUGGAGCAGGGGGUCCGCCCUGGACACUGGGAAGAGCGAGCUUUGGGCGGGAACUGACGCGUGGGAACCCUCCCUCCCGCAGGCCAGCGAGGUGCGAGAUGUACCUAACAGAGGAGGAGGCCAUGAGCCUGCUGUGCUCCCUCUCGGAGGCGAAGAAGAUGAAAGUGGACAUCAAGCGCCAGUUGUGGUUGACCAUUGGGCUCAUGGGCGCCGGGGCCUUAGUCGGGAACCUGGUCGGGGGCCCGCUGGGACAAUGCAUUGGGAGCGCCGUCGGGAUCUUCUUAUCAUUCUGGAUGACGUGGGGGAAGAUUAAGUCCAUCCCUCAGAUCCUCAAGGAGCUGCCACACGCCGAGAAGCAGAAACUACACAGCCAUGUCAUGGUCAUAAUCGGGAACCUGAAGUGGAAGGACACCAAUCAGCUGACCAAGCUGGUCAUGGGCAGCGAGGACCUGCAGGAGCGGCUGCUGGGGCUGCUCGAGGGCUACCUCACCAAGGAGCUGAAGACCUCAGUGCAGCAUGGUGACUAG